AUGGAGCCCUGGAAGCAGAAAGUUCCGCCCUACCUUUCCUUGCACGGUAGCAACUCGCUGAGAGGCGGGAAAAAAACUUACAACUGUAACGUCCUUGUCGACAACUGGCGAAACGAUAGGCUGGACGACCGGAAUGACCAGAGGUUGACGUCCGAGCGCAUUCUGCACCCCCUGCACCCGGAUGUGCCUCAAGGUUCCAAGUACGAAACGAAUUAUCGACAGAGCUACGACUACGAAGACUGGUCGAGGCGCCCGGUGCAUUUGUCCAAAUACGGAAUUCUCGGGCACGACGACACGGGCGCGGAAUCGUGGACAACGGAGUCUCGAUCUGAAUACCAGUCGCCGAGACGUCGGGCCGCUAAGCUCAUGGCGCAGGGCCACUGGUGUUACGGGAAAGACAUCUACCCGCGGAUGAUCCACGGGCGUGACGACUUCCUGUUUGCUCACCCCAUGGCCAUUCAUUUGAGUCCAACGCACCGUCAAGAGUACGUUCAUGCUCUUGCUUCGCGGCCCCCUCAUGAAAGACCGCCACCGGAGUUGCUUCGCGCCAGCGCGAUGCCCGACCAGAUGCCCAGCAGUUCAUCUUGCGCAGAUGCAUCGAAUCCGCAGUGUGCUUAUGCGCCUGAACGGCGGGGCGACCCCCAAAGGGGGGCUAGCCAGUACUCCGAGGACUACCGGUCAGCGAGGAGUCGCCCGAAUGCGGCUAAAGGCGAGUUCCGCGGGGAACCGCGCGCUGCCUCUCGGUACCCAGGCUACCAGGCGACAGGCCCGGAUUACUCUGACUUCGUAGGCUACGCGGGUCUGCCUCCGCGUGCGAAACUUCGGGAAUUUUGA